CCAUUCCCAUCCUUUUUCUUCAUUUCUUCCUUGUUUUCAGAGUUGAAACGGGUUUCCAAAGAUGGAAUCGCAGACGUUGGAUAUGUUGAAGACCCAGCUUCCACUUGAGCAGGAUUCUCUGGUUUUGUCUGACGACGUGGUCACCGGUCUCGUUUUGGUGGACCUUGUCAAUGGCUUCUGCACCGUUGGAGGUGGGAAUCUGGCUCCAAGAGAUCCCGACACACAGAUAUCUGGAAUGGUAGAGGAGUCUGUGAGGCUUGCCAGAGUGUUCUGUGAGAAGAAAUGGCCUGUCCUGGCUUAUCUUGAUACUCAUCAUCCUGAUAAACCAGAGCAUCCAUAUCCUCCUCAUUGCCUAAUUGGAACAGAAGAAUCAAAUUUGGUUCCAGCUCUGCAAUGGUUGGAGAAGGAACAAAAUGUAACAAUUAGGCGCAAAGAGUGCAUUGAUGGGUUUAUCGGUUCAAUUGAAGAAGAUGGUUCAAAUGUCCUUAUAGAUUGGGUGGGAACUAAUGAAAUUAAAGUUAUAUUGGUAGUAGGAAUAUGCACAGAUAUCUGUGUGUUCGAUUUCGUGGCCUCCACAUUAUCUGCAAGAAAUCGUGGGUUUCUCUCCCCUCUCGAGGAUGUGGUGGUGUAUUCCCAUGGUUGUGCAACAUAUGAUCUUCCAGUGCAUGUUGCACAUAACAUGAAAGCUAUAGCCCAUCCACAGGAUCUAAUGCAUCAUGUUAGCCUAUACAUGGCCAAGGGUAGAGGAGCCAAGGUAGUGCAGGAAGUUUCAUUUGGUGCACUGAUGGUGCCAUGAUUCAGUACCUUGAAUAACUGUGGUUGCUCCUUGAUGUCCUUGCUUACAUACUGGAAGGGCUUGCCGUAAGAUUUGAAGAAACCAGAGAGAUGCAAUUUAGCAUGAAAUCUUGCACAGAAUGGAGCCUGUUGUUUAGUACCUAGUAAAAUUGCCAUACUUGAGUGUCAUCUGUUCCAGGUUUGGCUCAAACAUUUAAUGGAACAGACUAGUGUAUUAUACAAUUCACCUCUUUCAUGGAAUUGUUGUAUGCUAUUACCUUAUGAUCGAUGAUAUCUAGUUUUAAGUUUGUGUUA